CGGCUCAAGCGGGGCGGGGUCGGCGCGCGCCCCCCGCGCGGCCUCGCCUGGGCUGCCCGCCCGCACCUGGGCAGCGGCCGCGCCACCCAGGACGAGCGGUGGGAGUGCGGGGGUCGGGUGGCGCCGCGGCCGCGUGUGCAGGUGUGGACGCGAGCGCCCUCGCACAACGCCGGCCCAGGAAGAGCCGAUGAGAAGUGGCCCGGGCAUGGGUCGAGCCUGUCUGGGCCAUCCUGACUCACUCCCGCACUCGCGGCCUAGCCGGAAUCCGGGGAGGUGCAGGGCCUGGACCCACCCCUGGGGGCGCCCUGCUAGGUCGCCUUGAACUCGGGGGGACGAGGUGGCCAGGGCGAGGUCAGGUGUCCUUCGUGGGGUGCAGGCAAAGCAAAAGGCCUGUUGUCCGGUGCCUAAGUCCCUAGACUGGGAUGGAUGGACAGGACUCCCUGCCUAGGCUGCUGCUAACUCCCUGGGGUGCACCCAAAAAACUACAGCUCACCGACUUCUAGCCCGUGAGCCCCUUCCGAACCGAUACCCCGACCUCUGCACCUCUUAAUGACCGGGUGGCCUUCCCGUGGCGAACCUCCUGCCCCAACUCGACCGGUCUGUACUUGGCGCAGGGUCACCCCUCCUUGUGUAUUUGCCGCAGAUCCUUCCCUCAGAAUCCCCCUACCGGCACUUAGAAACUCCACCUGCUGCCCAGGUGGGAAGGAUCCGCGAUCAGGAAGCCCCUGGCUGGGGAGCAUGGAGGCUUUGACUGGCUGGCCAGAGGUCAGAGGUCAGCGGCAGAGAAGCGGAUUCCUUCUGGGUCAUUGGCCUGGGUGGGAAAAGCCCCUCCCUCAAGGCAGGCGUUGGCUAGGCCAGGUGGGGUGCCUGGGGACUGGGGAGUGGGCACUGCCUGGUUCAGACCCACCGGAGGAAACAGGUAAAGGAAUAAGGUCAUCGAGUUCAGGGGCAUCUGUGAGGCCCAGCUAGGCCCCCUGUCGUGGUCCCUCAGGACCAGUGCCCCUUCCUGACCAGUCCUGUCUGAGAAGCCUCCUUACUCUCCAUGGGAUUCCCUCACUCCACAGUGGAAGGGGACAGUAUUCCUCUAGUGUGUCUCCCCAGCUUAGGAAGUGCUUCCCUCAAAUGCAGUCAGCAGGAGAGCGCCCUCAAACCCUGCAUGGUCAGGACACCCUGCACAGCUGUAGCCCCACUACUGUGGAUAGAUGCUGUGUGACACCCCACAUCACACUGGGCGGACCCAGGUCCAGUCUGACAGGCUUGCACCUCAUACCCCCAUGUGCAGCUUCAGCCUGGACCUGGUGCAGCAGGGAGGGUGCAGCCACCCCGUAUGUACCCAUGUGUGGUAGAGGACAGUGCCCCACGAAGGGAUGUCAGAACAGCUUUUUUUCAGGCAGUGGCACCGCCUCUGUUGGAUGUGGACUGCAUGCCAAACGGGAGUGUCCUCCACCUCCAUGUCACAUUCAGUUAGCCUGUCUCUCCCAGAAAAGACUGGAGAGAUUUCCCAUAUCAUCAUACACAACAGCCUUGACCCCCAACAUUCUCAGGCAACUGUCAUCACCAGGCAGCCUGCCCGGGACCUCAUGAAGUCAGCAUUGCCCAACUGCACCUCGGGGAGCAGGGGUCAUAUCUGGCACAACACUUAUCCCAGCCAGGACUACAUCUGGGAACCUGUGAGCUGAGACAAAAUCAGAACCCCACCUCAUCCCAUCCUGAGGAGCAGCAGGGGUGGGGUGAGCAAUGCCUGGGCUCUCCUUGUAGGGAAGGAGGAAAACAUGUAUCCAGUUAGUACAGGGGUCACAGGUAGCUGGGCUCUGGAAUUUCAGUAGCGCCCCCCGAUCCCCGUGGCUUGGGGCCAAUGAGGACUUUCCCUAUACGGAGGCCCUUCUCAGGCAGGUGGGCUGGAGCAGACCACCCAGGAGGAGGAUGUCAGUGGGAAGUUGGAGUGAGUAGUGAGGGGGAGAGGUGUACUCGGAGCCCAGGGUGAGCUCUGACUUUGUCCAGAGUGCAGAGGGGAGCAGGCUGAUGACCAGAAACUUGGAAAGACCCCAGCUGCCAUGCAUGGCCAGUGUGCUGGGAACCUCGUGAGACAGGAUUAUAAGUUCACAGAGUUCUGAGGAAGCUGCAGCCUGGAUCUUCAAGGGUGUGACGUACAGCCUGCAGGGAGGGGCCACACCGGAGGUUAUGGCCCAGAGGCCCCUGGCCCCAAAAUGGCCCAUCGCUCUCAGAGCUCGUCACAGGGGGACAACCCCCUGGCACCUGGGUACCUGCCACCUCACUAUAAAGAGUACUACCGCCUGGCAGUGGAUGCACUGGCUGAGGGGGGGCCAGAGGCCUACAGCCGCUUCCUGGUAUCCGAGGGGGCACCUGCCUUCCUGUGCCCUGAGGAGCUGGAGCAUGUGAGCCACCACCUGCGACCCCCACAGCAUGUUGCCCAAGAACCCCCUGAAGGCAGCCCUCCCACUGCAGACAUGGAUGGCUCCUCAGGCACCUACUGGCCCAUGAACUCAGACCAGGCAGUGCCUGAGCUGGACCUGGGCUGGCCCUUGACCUUCGGCUUCCAGGGCACUGAGGUCACCACACUGGUGCAGCCACCACCACCUGACAGCCCCAGCAUCAAGGAGGAGGCUCGAAGGAUGAUCCGCUCUGCUCAACAGGUGGUGGCUGUGGUGAUGGACAUGUUCACGGAUGUGGACCUGCUCAGUGAAGUGCUGGAGGCUGCUGCGCGUCGCGUCCCAGUCUAUAUCCUCCUGGAUGAGAUGAACGCGCAGCAUUUCCUAGACAUGGCCGACAAGUGCCGUGUCAACCUGCACCAUGUGGAUUUCCUGCGCGUGCGCACUGUGGCAGGCCCCACCUACUACUGCCGCACUGGGAAGUCCUUCAAGGGACACGUGAAAGAGAAGUUCCUCCUGGUGGACUGUGCCGUGGUGAUGAGUGGGAGCUACAGCUUCAUGUGGUCCUUCGAGAAGAUCCACCGCAGCCUGGCGCACGUGUUCCAGGGGGAGCUGGUCUCCAGCUUCGAUGAAGAGUUCCGCAUCCUCUUUGCACAGUCUGAGCCACUGGUGCCCUCGGCGGGAGCGCUGGCCCAGAUGGACGCCUACGCCCUGGCUCCGUACACCGGCACCGGGCACCACAUGGGCGGCCAGGUGACCGGGGUGCCGACCCCUUUUUCCUUCCCAAAACGAGCGCACCUCCUAUUCCCACCACCGCGAGAAGAGGGUCUGGGCUUCCCUUCCUUCCUUGACCCCGACCGCCACUUCCUGUCUACCUUACGCCGGGAGGAUCCCCUGCGGAUGCCAGGGGGUGCCCUGGAGCCGGCGGCGGGGCUGCGGCAGUUGUCGCGGCGGCUGGACGCCGAGGCCGGCCCAGGUGGGGAGCUCGCGGGCACGCGGGGCUUCUUCCAGGCGCGGCAGCUGGAGAUGGACUCCUUCAAGCGGCACAGCUACGCGGCGGCUGAUGGCGUGGGCGCCAUGGAGAAUUUCGCGGCUGCGCGGCAGGUGUCCCGGCAGACGUUUCUCAGCCACGGUGACGACUUCCGCUUCCAGACCAGCCACUUCCACCGCGACCAGCUCUACCAGCAGCAUUACCAGUGGGACCCGCAGCUCGCGCCGGCACGCCCGCAGGGUCUGUUCGAGAAGCUGCGCGCCAGCCGCCCGGGCUUUACGGAUCCCGACGAAUUUGGGAUUGGUGCCGGGCCACGGUUCCCCGAACUCGGCGCAGACGGACACCAGAGGCUGGACUACGUGCCGUCCAGUGCAUCGCGUGAAGUGCGCCAUGGCUCGGACCCCGCCUUCGGUCCUGGGCCCCGCGGCCUGGAACCCAGCGGGGCUCCACGCCCCAACCUGGGCCAACGUUUCCCUUGCCAGGCGGCGGCGCGACUGGGCCCAGAGACGGCUCCCGAGGCGGAGCCAGAGAGGAGGGGCGGCCCCGAGGGGCGGGCUGGGUUGCGGCAUUGGCGUCUGGCUUCCUACUUGAGUGGCUGCCAUGGCGAGGACGCGGGGGAUGAGGGUCUACCCGCGCCCAUGGAGGCCGAGGCCUACGAAGACGACGUGCUGGUUGCCGGGGGCCGCGUGGCCCCUGGGGAUCUACUUCCCUCGGCUUUCCGCCUGCCUGCGCCCUCCCCAGCCAAGGGCCCAGCGCCUGGCACUGGCGGCGGUGGCGGGGACGGUCUCGAGCGCCAAGGCGCGGAGGAGGCUGGCCUGGCCAAGCAGGACUCUUUCCGCUCGCGCCUGAACCCGCUGAUCCAGCGCAGCUCACGGCUGCGCUCCUCGCUUAUCUUCAGCGCUUCGCAGGCUGAGGGCGGGGCCGGGGCCGCAGCGGCAGCCACCGAGAAGGUGCAACUGGUGCACAGGGAGCAGGCAGUCAAUGAAACGCUGGGCCCCAGCGGCGAGACCACGCGCUCCGCCACCUCCGCCAAGGUGGCCGAGCUCCUGGAAAAGUACAAAGGCCCGGCGCGUGAUCCUGGUGGCGCGGGAGGCGCAGUCACUGUCUCUAGCCAUAGCAAGGCUGUCGUGUCCCAGGCGUGGCGGGAGGGGGUGGUGGCGCCAGGCGACGCGGGGAGCGACCGCCGGAGCCUAGAGAGCUGCCUGCUGGACUUGCGAGACUCCUUCGCACAGCGGCUGCACCAGGAGGCUGAGCAGCAGCCGGGAGCCGCUUCCCUCACCACCAGUCAGCUGCUCGACACCCUGGGCCGCGGUGGUGCCGACAGGCUGCCCUCCCGCUUCCAGUUGCCUCAGGGCCGCACCUCCUCCCCGCAAGGGCGGGACAGCCUCCCACAGGAAGGUCUCAGGCUGCACCCAGCGCCCCUCCCCGAGCCAAAAGGGAGCCCCACGUCAGCCUACCCCGAGCACAAGGGGAGCCCCACGCCUGGGUUUCCCACUCGCAGAGGCAGCCCAACCGCCGGAUUCACCGAGCAGAAGGGGAGUCCCACUUCAGCCUAUCCAGACCCCAAGGGAAGCCCCACUGGGGCCUAUCCCGAGCGCAGGGGCAGCCCGGUGCCUCCCGUGCCCGAGCGCAGGGGCAGCCCGGUGCCCCCCGUGCCCGAGCGCAGGGGCAGCCUCACCCUUACCUUCUCUGGGGAGUCUCCAAAGACUGGGUCCGCGGAGGAAGCGGUUGGCGGCCCCAUGGAGGUCCUGCGCAAGGGCUCCCUGCGCCUUCGGCAGCUUCUGAGCCCCAAGGGUGAGCGGCGCCCAGAGGAUGAGGGUGGCUUUCCAGCGCCACAGGAAAAUGGGCAGCCUGAGAGCCCCCGUCGGCCAUCGUUGGGUCGGGGUGACAGCUCGGAGGCUGUCAUUGGAGAGGAGCGGGUCCCGCGGCCGCGCAUAGCCUCAGCGACAGCCAAUGCCUUGUACAGUAGCAAUCUGCGGGAUGACACGAAAGCUAUUCUGGAGCAGAUCAGCGCCCAUGGCCAGAAGCACCGUGGAGUCCCCACCCCAGCCCCUGCCCCGGUCCAGAGCAGCCCUGAGCUAAGCCACCCACCAGCUGCCGGCGGCCUAGCCCCUGACAUGUCCGACAAGGACAAAUGUUCGGCUAUCUUUCGCUCGGACAGCCUGGGGACACAAGGUCGGCUGAGCCGCACGCUGCCGGCAAGCAUGGAGGAGCGCGACCGGUUGCUGCGCCGCAUGGAGAGCAUGCGCAAGGAGAAGCGGGUCUACAGCCGCUUCGAGGUCUUCUGCAAAAAGGAGGAGGUCGGCGGCCUCGGGGCAGGGGAGGGCCCAGCAGAGGAGGACACCAGGGACAGCAAGAUGGGCAAAUUCAUGCCCAAGAUCCUUGGUACUUUCAAAAGCAAAAAGUGAAUCUCCCAGCCCACCAGGCCUGGGCCACAUGGCCACCAUCAGGCAAAGCCCCUGGUCCUCACACUAAAGCAGUUUGGAACCCGGCUGAGCACAGCCAAAGCUCAGCUUCACUGGGGCUCACCCGCUGGAUGCUCUGCCUUUAACUCAUCUUCUGCUCUUGGGGUUCCAGCCCCAGCUCUCCCCGUGCCUUACUCGCCCAGCUCCAGCCUCUGGGCCCUCAGCCUCCCCUUUGCCCAUCUGCCUCCACCAUGUCUGGGUUUCAGGCCCCCUUUGGGCCUGCAAUUGCCCCAGCCCCCAUUUUCCGGGGCCCCCCUCUGCCUCCGCCCCCAUCUUCUGGGGCUUCUGUCUCAGGGCUGCUUUGUCUCAGGGUUCCCUCUGCUCAGGCUUCAUGGCUAUUUUGCUUUUUGCUCUGCUGCCCCUUUGCUGUCUCCCUGCAGCCCUGUCCUCUUUCUAGGCCUCCCUUCUCCUCCCCCGUUGUCUCCUCUGUCUCCGGUGGUUGUGGUCCCACUUCCUCCCCUACUUGGAUUCCUCCUUGCAGCCGCCUUGGCACCCUUCUCGGUGGCCCAUCCCUUGGCUGCAGGCUGGUGGGCUGGUUGCAGACAGCGUGUGAGGGAGAGGUGGGGCGGGACCAGAGGGUGUGCCACCCACAGGAAGCAGACCUAGCCACACCCCCAGGAAAGCUCUGACCAGUGAGAGCGCAGGUUUGCAGCGCAGUAGAGCCAGGUCUGGAUGGAUGGUGCUCUGGAGGGGUCCCCAGCUCACCCUGACACACAUGUCCACAAGCGCCAUCCUCAGCCACUCUCCGGAAGGGGGCUGGAUGUGGAGGGCUUAUGCUUGAACAGGUGAGGGCCAAGGCACCUCAGCCCCAGCCUGCUGCUUUGAGGGGUGCUGGCGCCCUGGGGUGGGAACCGUCCUUGCACUGCAGGUCAAGCAGACCUCAAGUGCAGCCUGUGCAGGACCCUUACCUCUUUGUCACCAGCCUACACAAUCUGUCCACAUUUCCCUGCUUACCUUUUUUUGUCUUUUUCACCUCCAGAGAGUAAUCUUGAUUUGGCAAGUCCCCCACUGCAGGUGCUAUCAUUGUGAAAUUAGUGUUUGCUAUUUCUUCUCAAGUUUUAAGUAUAAAGAAUCCCAGUUGCCCAGAUUGGGGAGGGAUUUAAGAAAUAAGGCUACUGAGCAAAGGCAGCAGUCCUGACUGCAUAGCUGGAGAAGGGAGGGCGGUGGGGCUGGGGACACUUUUGCUCCUGGACAGCUCACAGGCUGGUUACCAAAUCCACCUCCCAGGUAAGGAUGACAGCAGGGCUUUUGUUCAGGUGGAAAGAGUCACUGGGGAGCAUAUCUUGGCCUGGUUAUGCUUGCCAGCAAGUUUGUCUCCCUGCAGCCCAGUGUGACACCAUUGCAGUGGGGAGCCCUCCAAGCCAUCUGUCUGGAUCCUCCACAUUGUGCUGAAUAAGACAUCUCAAAUGUGACUGCGCUUCAGCGUUAAUAAAACACAAUGUGCAAGAUAUUC